ACUGGACGGACGCUUCUUCAGGAACAACAACACGGAUACUAUUUCAACCACCUCGGUAGCUUGCUAGACAAGGUAAAACUGAAAGAUUGACGUUUUAGGCCAUGUUAAUAUACAUUAGCUAAUCGCAGUGUUUAAAACACAUUUCAGUUGACGUUAACUUGAACCUAAUGUGCUUGUUCAAUUUGCAAAUUUGUUAAAGAUUGAUACUGAGCCUAGCACUAGGCUAUUCGCUAAUGCUAACUAGCUAGCUAACAUCCCUGACCAUGAGCUCAUUAAACUACUCAUCCCCUGCUAAAGAAGAGGAUGUCUGCUGUCCGGAGAAAGAAGCUCUGGCGCUGAACAUUGUCGUGAAAGACGAAGAGGAGAAUAUUACAGUGAAAGGAGAGAAAGAUGCUCUGGCUCUGGACAUUGUCGUGAAAGACGAAGAGGAGGAUAUUACAGUGAAGGGAGAGAAAGAACCUUUCAGAAUGAAAAAGGAGGAAGAGGAGGCUGUUAUAGGGAAAGAAGAGAAAGCAUCCUCUUCCUCUCUAAAAGGUUCUAUCUCAGUAAAGGUGAAGGAGGAAGACGUUUUGGGAGUGAAAGAGGAGGAGACAGAAUAUCAGAUUAACACCAGAGAGAGACAUGACUAUCGUGGGUCCUCUGGGGAGCCUCAACAACAUCCUGAUGCUGACGAGACAGAGAAGAGUCUCUCCAGAUCAGAACACCAGAUGGACAACGCUAGCCCUUCCGCCUUCCCGGAGACCCUGUGUCGUGCCUCUCCUGGUAGCACCUUACUGCUGGGUAUGAAGAGGUUGUCUGUGCUGCUGGUAGACUGCAGGAAAACAACGGGGCUGAGAGGAACUGUGAGAGGAGGAGAAGAGAAGAAAGGAUCGGAUUUGACACAUCAAAGAGGAAAACCAAACUUGGAGGAACCAAAGACCUCCACAACAUCAAGACGACACCUCUGCUCCCAGAUCAAGUUAGGAAGCCUGAAAAGACCUGAGAGGACACACACAGGAGAGAAGCCAUACCAUUGCGGCCAGUGUGGAAAGAGUUUUAGCCUGUUAGGAAGCCUGAAAGCUCAUGAGCGAAUACACUCAGGAGAGAAGCCAUACCAUUGCGGCCAGUGUGGAAAUAGUUUUAGCCAGUUAGGAAACAUGAAAAGACAUGAGCGAAUUCACACAGGGGAGAUGCCAUACCACUGCUCCCAUUGCGGAAAGAGUUUUAACCAUUUACUUAACAUGAAAAGACAUGAGAGGAUACACACAGGAGUGAAGCCUCACCAUUGCUCCCAGUGUGGAAAGAGUUUUAUGCAGUUAGGUAUCCUCAAAGAUCAUUUGCGAAUACACACAGGGGAGAAGCCUUACUGCUGCUCCCAUUGUGGAAAGAGUUUUAACCAUUUACUUAACAUGAAAAGACAUGAGAGGAUACACACAGGAGUGAAGCCUCACCAUUGCUCCCAGUGUGGAAAGAGUUUUAUGCUGUUAGGUAUCCUCAAAGAUCAUUUGCGAAUACACACAGGGGAGAAGCCUUUCCUUUGUGCUCAGUGUGGAAAGAGUUUUAGCCAGUCAGGAAACCUGAAAGUGCAUGAGCGAAUUCACACAGGGAAGAAAUCUUACCACUGAUCCCAGCGUGCAAUGCGUUUUUACCCAAUUAGGACACCUGAAAGAAGACAUGAGACCGCACACGGGGGAGAAGCCUUACAAAUGUUCAGACUGGUGGGAAGGCAUUUUACUCACCAGUAGCGUAAAAAACAUGUGAGAAUCCACACAGGAGAGAAUGUUUACUUGUUUAUAUAUAAAUAUUUCUGUUUUUUUCUUUCUCAUUUUGUCUGUCAUAGUUGUAGUGUACCUAUGAUGAAAAUUACAGGCCUCUCUCAUCUUUUUAACUGGGAGAACUUGCACAAUUGGUGGCUGACUAAAUACUUUUUUGCCCCACUAAGUGUAUGUAAACUUCCAACUUCAACUGUAUAUUAUUUGAAAUGCUAAUCCUUUGCACACGAAUGCUCACUCAUUCAGGAAUAAUUGCAGUCAAUAUAUAUUUACGCCGUUGUGAUCUGUUGGAAUCCGGUCCGUCUGCUGGAGAGUUCAUCUGAGUCUCUCUCCUUCUGUUUCCCUGAAGUUCAAAGUCUUUCUUGGUUAGAAUAGAUACCUCAGAUUACCAUUCAGAAAUGUUCUCAUAGAAUAGAUGUUUCGGCGGUUGUCGUCAUUCGCAUCCCAGGUUUACAUCAUUUCUAGCUGCCCCCACAGACCCACCAAUGCUCUUACUCUGUUGGGAUUGAUAGUCUCAGAGUUUAACCAUUUCCAGCCGUGUAGCCAAUGCUCCACGUGGGAUGGUUUUCUAGUCUUGGUACUCAAAUGUGCCACCUCAGCUUACACCGAGGUAUGCGUUGUCUAAACUAUUUGGUUUGCUCAGUCUGAAGAGGAUUUUUUUUUAGGGGGGGCUUUUAUUCGUAACAAUAGGAUAGGCGGUUCUAUGACACCAGAUCAUGUCUGUGCCCUCGGGGACGGACCAAUGACUUAGUUACACUUUUAAAGGAAUACAAUUCUCUCACAUUAAAGGUUUAACAUCACAUUACAUCAUGACAAUAUGGAGUAUGUCAGUUUGAAUAUAAUGUAAAUCAGUUUCCUUGUGUUCAAAUGUAGGAUAGAUCAGAGUCCAUGUGUUUAAAUGGUCCUUUUUUAAACUCUUUGUGUUUAUCUGGGUGUGUCAUUCCUCCAGCACUACAGAUAAUCAAGUGAUAUUUGGAUGUGAUGCAUUAGUUCCAUUGUUGACAUUUACAUUGUUGGCCCACUGAUGAUUUAAUGAAAUGAAAAUGUUCAGACUCUGUAAUGGAAAACGUUAAUUGUUUGUGUGUCCACAUAACUGAGUAUGUGACUAACCUUGUGAAACUGUCCUAUUAUAAGCUCCUGUUCUUGGGACUAUCAUCCUGUGUUGCAAACCAAUUUACACCUGUGUCCUUGUAUGAAUAAAGUCCCGCCCAGGAACAGGAAACUAUAAAGAUAUGUGCUAAUCACUCAAUGCAUCAGGAAUUCAGACUGUCUCCACUGCGCUGUGUAACUCUGUUAUUCUCUCUGAGCUCAGAAAUAAAGAAUCUUGGUUUGA